AUGUCGGCUCGCGGGUCUCCCCCCGACGCCUCCAGAUCCCGUCACCAGGGAGACGCUCAUGCGUCGAGGGGCUCGGGCCAUCACCACGUCCCGAUGGUGCAGACGAGCGCGCCGCACCGCGCCGAAUCGCCGAUCGGGGUGAAGACGAGGACGCGCGAGGGUGUCGUGCUCACGAAAGAUCACGAAUCUCGGCACGCAAGACCCGACGGCGGCGGCGGAUCUCCAAAAUCUCCGAAGCACGUCACGAACAAAACGUAUCAACCCACGCCCGUGCACGCGACGGGGUGGUCGUCCCACCACGUCGCGAGCCGCGCGCACGGUGCCCGCGACGGCGACGGCGACCGAGACGACCCGAGGGGGGACCCGCCGCACCGACUGCCGUCGCCGUCGUCCGCCAAGUAUUCCCGUCCGUUCCGGGGCGCCGCGACCGCCGCGAUCGAGGAUCAACCCCACCAACACCCGGGCGGCCCACACCGCGUGGACGCGACGGCCCAGACGGACGCGCUCCCGCAGCUGCCGUCGCUCGCGGAGCUCGGGUUUGGGUCGGGUUUGGGUUCGUCGGGCGGGGGUGCGUCCUUAGGUGGUCCCCCGGCCGGCGAGGCGGCGGGAUUCGGGUCCAGCCCGGAGACGUUACGAAACCUGGAGAGGCUCAUCGAGGCGCAGCGCGCACAGCUCGUGUCCAAGGGGCUCAUCUCCGACGACCGCGGCCGGAGAACCGGUCACGGGGGAGGUCACGGUCAAGGUCAAGGUCAAGGUCACGGUCAAGGUCACGGACACGGUCACCAGCCGCCCUCGCCGCGGGUCGGGCGACGAUCGCCGGGAUCGCAACCGCGCUCCAGGCGCAACAACUCGCUCGGCGGCGACGGCGAUCUGGUGUUUUUCGAGUCGCCGAUGCCAAACCCGGAGAGACGCGGGGGUAACCCAUCGCCGGUGGCGCGGCCGCGGGGUCCCACGCCGCGUAAGAUGCGAACCGGGAACCACGCGCGGUCGUCCACCAAGCAAGUCAGCCCGGAGAAGAACGAGCCGCCCGGGGGUUUGGUAGGUUCGGGGUAUGGACUAAACCCUGACCUUUCAUCGCUGUUCUCCCCGUCGCCGCCGGUGAAAACGCCGGCAUCGUCUCGCGCCGACCGAGGCGACGCCAAGCUGGGGACGUCACCGACGGCGAACCGGACCCUACACUUCAGUACGUCCCUCGCGCCUAGGCUGACCGGGCAAACAUCCAGCGUGUCCGGCGUCGCCAAGCCGCGCCCGCGUCCGCUCUCGCACGCCCCCGCCGUCGCCAGGCACCUGGGCGUGCUCGAGGACGACAGCGCCCUCGCGUCGCCGGAGAGUGGAUUUUCAUCCGACGGGAGCGGUGGGGCGAUGGGUCCGACCGUUCAGGCGGGCGGCGGCGGUGCGGGUGGGGGGAUCGCGCCGGUGCGGGUGGGAUCGCAGACGGGUUUAGGGUUGGGGUUGGGUGGGCAGACGGGGCGCGGGGCGUUCCGCGUCGUCGGGUCGUUCACGCCGGCGCCAGCUUCGGCGUUUGUCGCCGGGGAAAAAGCAGAGUUGAGGCGGGGGAGCGCGAGCGACGUCGAGGCGGCUAGGGAGAGGGUGGGGCGGGGCGACGGGCCGUCCGGGGGGGUCGGGGGAACGCGGGGGAGCUCGGUGCUGACGCAAUCGCUUCGGAAGGAGGACGCGUUCGAGUGA